CGCGACUGUCAACAUGGCGGAGUCAAUGGCAGAACAGAAGGUGGUAGAUGGCCCAAAGAAACAGACGAGGAGUACUUCUGGCUCGAAGAACUUCCUCGCAGGAGGUUUUGGAGGAGUAUGUUGUGUGGUAACUGGACAUCCCCUUGAUACUAUCAAGGUAACGUUGAAAAAAUACAGUAUGAAUCUUCUCUCCAAUAGUUAAGCUAAAAAUGUGUGUUCGUGGAAGAAAAGUUUUUAGAUGUUUUCCAGUUCGUAAGAAUUUCAACUUUUAAUCGCUCUUUAGAAGUUUGUAGGUAAUCUAACUUUACUCUCAGAGUCAAAUAUGAAAUCAUCAGAGUUACUCAGCAUAUUUUGAAGUUAGAUUUAUUUUAUAUUAUUAUUUCAAUACUCACAGGGGACAAAGUCCAUCUAGUUAGUUCUUAAAUGCGCGUUGAUUGUAAGUGUUUUGUUUUCACAAUUCUUCGACUUACGAAUUUUAACCGAAUAUCAAGAAACGUGGUUUUAAAUUUCAAAAUAUUUAUUUGGGUAAAACUAUUUUUUAAAGGUUAAACUUUCGAUUAAAGCUUACUUUUUGCAGCUAGAGGCGCGAUUUGUGUCACGCAACGUUUGACAAACCUGUAUAUUAUAUUUACUUUUCAUCAUUUGUUAACCUACUGAUUCUGUAAGCCAUCUUAUAAUGUAUCAACUUGAAUAGUGCGAAAUAAACUUGAACUUGAGCUCCAACUCCAUUCAUGUACAUAAUAAAUUUUAUGUUUUGCUCUUUCCUAAUUUCAUUCCAAAAGUGUCCAGUGGUGCGCAAGAAAGGUCUGUACGUAGAGGAAACUAUAUUAAAAACAUUGAAUGGGCACAGUGAUGUGUAAUAAUGUGAUGUGUAAUAGUCGUAGCAGAGAAUGUUUAAAAAAAAAACAUAGAAAAGUAAUAUAUAACAAAACAGGUAAAAAAUAUUAUUUUAUUUUUGAAAGGUUCGCCUUCAAACAAUGCCAACGCCUGAACCUGGACAGAAGCCAAUGUUCACAGGAACGUUGGACUGCGCCAUGAAAACAGUUAGAAAAGAGGUAAGAUCAGUAAGCUAAGCUCAUGGUGCACUUGACUGUAAGUUUCUUUUUAGUAAUAGCCACAGUGUAAGUUUUGUUUUAAAGGAUGCCACACCAGGAGCCCAUAACCCAGAGCAAGCGACUCCCACACUAGGCCUGUGUCAUGGCAUUUUCACCGACUAGUUGGUAUAUUGUUAGACACACUUUAGGGCACUUUUUCCCGCAAAAGUGAAAUCUCCACUGCGUGUAAGAGCGUAUUGGAAGUGUAUGCAUCAAAAGGUAAAACUGAAAGUCAUUAAAAGGCAAAAAGUAUCGUAUUUAGGUCUGUAGGUUUGCCCACUAGUUUGUAGGACUUAAAACAUAUUCUAACUUCGCACCAAAACAGUUCUAAAAGUAAACUGGUCGGAGAAAACGCCAUGGCACAAGUACAUGGAAGGUGCUCGCUCCGCCUGGUUAUGGGCUUCUGGCCACACCCAUUGUUUCUGUACAUCCUUCCUGCACAUGUGAUUUAGGUUGGAAUGUUAUGCCUUGCCAUGUAUGGAACAGGACUGAAGCCAGUGCAUCAAGUUUGCCUCCAGUUUUAUCUCUUAGAUGGAUUUUGACCCAUUAUUUUCUUUUUGUAAAUCACUUCCUUGGUUGAUUCUCUCCACCUUAACACAUGCAGUAACAAAAUUCUGAAUGUGAGAAGAUCAGAGGUGUCCUUCAUGGGUAUAUUGUUUGUUGGUAGAGGGGGGUGACAGUGUUGGUUGUUUCUGGCCAGAACCUUUAGGUUUCAGAUCUCAAGGGUUUGGUAUCUGUUUUCUAGGGAAUUCUUGGAUUAUACAAAGGAAUGGCAGCUCCUGUAGUUGGUGUUGCCCCAAUAUUUGCAAUCUGUUUCUGGGGAUUUAACAUGGGCAAGAAGCUACAGCUUAAAAAUCCUCAUGAUGAUCCGACGUAAGUAUUCCUUCCUUGAGAGUGGCAUUAAUGUCAUUUAGUGGCUGGUGUCACAAGUGGAAAUUUUAGUUUAGGGUUAGAACAAAUUGUCGUGGUUGUCAAACUGCAUGUUUUGGCCAUUAACUUAUUACUACAGUCCUCAGUCGUGAUAUUUUCUACCCCCUCAAUGUUGGUUUUUGUGAGUUGGCAUCACAGAAGUAUAAAAUUCAACGAGGGUAGGAGCACAACUUUUUCUUGGAGUAUGGGUGCUGCACAGGGUGUCCCAACUUAAUGUGACAAGGAUUGUAGUAACAGCGAUCUUACACUUUCUGGAAACUUCAAACCUCAAUAAUAAACAUGAAUUUUCUCCAGCUAUGGUAUCAGUGCUUAAUCAGUUGGUGAGGUUAUGAGAGUAAAAAAAUAUAAAUCCCUACAGUAAAUUACAAAACACUCCAUGUCAAUGCCGCUGCUAUGACAAAAAAUAAUGAUUGUAUUGAAACAGAAAGAAAAAUGUUUUUAAACAACAUCUAGGAACUCAAUAAUAACAAUCUCUUCUUCAUUAGGAAGUAGGGGAGAGGUUGAGCUGUCGAGUUCUUAUCACUGGCAUUUAUUGGCCUAAAUAUCCACAGUGUGGUGAUUGAUCCAUCCAUACAAUUCAUACAUAUGAUACUUUGUUGUCCCCUCUCCAAAGGAGCAUUUUUUGUUUGUUCUUCCCAUCAACAGACAGCGCAUGUUCACUUUUCGCGGAAUGCAUAGUAUGCAUAAUAAUAUAUAACAAUAUGAUGAAUUAUUUUCUUUGACAGGUAUUUUCAAAUCCUGACUUCAGGAUUCUUUGCUGGAGUUUGUACAACAGCUAUUAUGGCACCGGGAGAACGAAUAAAGUGUAUCUUGCAGGUAGACAUUACUAAUACCUUAGCCAUGGGACAUACAAGAGGAAGAGGGGUAGAUUUAGGUAACAUAUUACAGUUGAGCCUUUUUUAAGCAAAACCUGCAGUUGCAUCAUAUCAUGAUCAUACUACAUUUUUGCCUUCCUGUGGCAUGCAUCACAGGCUAUUCAUUAAAUGUUUCAUCUCAGCGAAUGACAAUGAAAGUUGGGGUUACAAACCCCCACCACCUUCUCCCAUUCCUAUCUGUUACCAUGGUGGAGCAAUAGGUUUGCUUGAAUGGUACACCUGAGGGUUUUAAAUACCAAUAACUUAAUAUGUACUCUCAAAGGCAGGGUUGUUCAAGGCUGGGUUAAGAUAACCCUGGGUUGGUGUGAAAUUUGAACUCAGAUAUGAGAGCUUAAAAAGCAAAUUCAGUUUUAUUCGCUUUGCCUACAAUUUGAUGAUUGAAUACUCUAUGAGGAAUAGAGAAAUUAUCAGAGAAAGUGCUUUUGUUAAAAAGAAAAAGAAACCCGGGCUAAAAUUUAAGCCCAGGAUAGCGCUAACCAGCUUUUGAACAACUGGGCCCAAACGAUUUGGUUUAUCACCAAAUUAACUCCAGUGUUUGUCUAGGGAAGUGAUAAAUUCAGAUCACCCACCAUUAUUGAAAGUGGUUUUCUCUCACCCGUAAAAGUCACAAUCCAAAAAAAUUAUUACUGGUAUCAUAAAUUACAGGUUCAGUUAGAGUUGAAAGAAUUAUUUUUAUUGUAAUCCCAAUUUUUUGUGGUAGGUGGGGGGGGAGGUUGAAGCUCAUUCUGUUUGAAACUUUUUAGACAGUUUUGAUUAAAUCUACAUUGAACAAGUAGCGAGGGGCUGGUAAUGUAUAUUUUUGUAGGCUGCAAAAUGAGUUAUUGUAAAUGUCAUAGAUCCAACAAGCAUCUGGAGCAGAGAAGAAGUAUGCCGGCCCCGUAGAUGUAGUGAAAAAAGUUUACAAGGAAACUGGAAUCCGUGGGGUGUACAAGGGAACAUGUGCUACUUUACUCAGAGGUGACCUAAAAAUUCUCAGACCUUAAAUCUUAACUGUUUCUCGUCAGGUGUAAUUCACAAUUUUUUCCCUGGAAACUCUCUCUACUAGAAACAACACCAUUUCUCGAUUAGGAGCAAGUUCUCUCGAAAAUUCAGCCAGUUCUCAAGAUUAGGUCAGAGGAAGAAGUUUGAAAAAACUGUUGGAGUAAAAAUAAGUUCCACUAGUGAAAAGACAAAAAUAAAGACAGUUUGAUCAGUUAGGCCAAGGCAAAACAUUGACCUUUCUUGAGACUUCAACUAAACUGGAUGGAUUUAGUUCAUGGAAAGUUCCAAGUUUGUCUCAGUUAAGCUUGUCUCUAUGAGGUCGGAUCAACCAACACAUUCUAUCCAUCCACUCAGUUGAUGAUGUCCGAUUGGUUAGACUUUUGACUCAACAGAUGAACUUAACUUUUUUAGAACAACCCAAAUAACAUCCAAACAACAGGUUGGUUCAUCUCAUGAAAAGUUUGACAUUAGGCCUUAACCUUAGUUAUGAUCCUUUAAUAAGAUGUCACAAUCAAAACUACCCAGCAUUGGGCGAUAUAUAGAGUACAUUGUACUUAAAUAAUACUCAACAGUUUAAUUUCUUUACAGAUGUACCAGCCACAGGAAUGUACUUUGCUUCUUAUGAAUUCCUUCUGAAUCAACUAACUCCUAAGGGAAAGACGUAAGUAUUGAUAGGACUUUAUGUAGUGUUUUCUUUUCACAAAAAUCACUUAACUAAUGAUUACAACAUUUCAUCUGCUUGGAGCUUGCAAUCUGGGGUUAAUAUGCAAUGGUAGAAUUUUAAAUUGAGCUGUUACCAGUAAUAAUUUUAUGACUAUCAAGCUGAAUCAUAAAUAUUUGGGGAAGUAGAAAGAUAACCGCUCAUCUGUGAAUUAACUCCGUACAAAGGCCUCUAAGUUGCAAUGUGUGUAAAAGUUACAGUUUCUACAACCCAGCGAAAUUGUCGUCUCUAGGGCAUGACCAGUAAAUAAUGAAGUUUGCAAAGGACUUGACUGCUCCUGUUAUUCUCCUUAUUUCUAUCUUUUAUAAAUAAUAAAUAUUUGAAUGUGUUGUUUCUUCUGCAGCCGAAAAGAUGUUGGUCCUUUAAGCAUUCUCAUGGCUGGAGGUGAGAACAGUAAUUCAGCGUAACUUCUAUGAGAAAGGCAUAAGGUUUUUUCAUUGAAUAGACAUUUAUGGCUGAAGAAGGUAGAAAAUUUUCCUGCUGACCUCCACUUAGUCUGCUACACAGAAACCACUAAAAACGACACUAAAAACGGCUGUGUAGCAGACUAACCUCCACUGUGCCUUCAACAAACCAGGAAAAGCUCCCAAUACCUGUUAGAACCCUUGAAUAAAAGGGCUGCUUGACAGAAGAAUUUCAUGUACACACAGAAAGCUUUUUAGACUUUUAACGUACGGUUCCCUAUUUUUUAGUAAGGUCGUCGGGCCGAGCGCUCAUCAGCCAUCUUGGUUUCUAAUAUACCGAGGGGCCAGGCCCCGGCGUUUUUUGCUUUGAGAGAGGGAGGCAAGAAAAAUAGAAAAAUAUGUUCCAAUAUGUUUCUCACUACCUCGCAAGCUAUUCUCCCCUAAGUUGACUCAGUACAUUUGAAACCAAGAUGGCUGCUUGUAAGGGUGAUCUUACGGAAAAAUAGGGGACUGAAUGGUCAAAGCUUUUUCUGAAGUCCCAGUUGUCACAAGCCAUAACAACCCACUUGCAGAAGAGAAGGAGAAAGGCAUCAGACAAAAAAUUGGCAUAAUACAAAACACUCAUGCAAACAGCCAUAACACAAAAGUCAUAACAUGCAGAUGUAAAGGAUCUUACUGGUAGGAUUCUCUGAAAAGAAGUCAUUAGAAGAGUUAAAAGUUGUUUUCAUCUUUAGGUGUUGCUGGUAUGUUUAACUGGGGUAUUGGUAUCGCUCCAGAUGUGCUUAAAUCCAGAUUACAAACAGGUGAGAUACAAUUCUUUCUUGAUCAUAUUUGAUAUACAUUUAGCCAAGCCUAAAAGCGGAGUUAUUGGUUAAAAAAAUUAUUAUUGAGCCCCCAAUUCAGUGCAUUAUCAGCAGGUCAGCAGAUAAGCUCAAAAUAGUUAUAACGUUGAUGAGCUGUGCACCGAGCCCACGAUACACAGUCAUGUGAUCAGGUCAGUGGGUUCCCAGUCGUUUCGAUACACGUUUAUUCAUUCGAGGUAUUAAUAGUUCUACGUACUUGGUUUAAAUAACUAAGAAUAUUAAACCGAAAUGUUUUUCUUGUUUACGCACAAACUAUACUUGAAAUGAAGUCUGGGUAAUUGUGAAUUUUCCUAUUGGCUUACAUGAGCUGCGCAUGGUAAUACACGUGAUAAUACUGCGUAUUAUCACGUGACGACCACGCGUCAAUGCGUUACCAGAUUUUGUCUGUAAAGAUCUUUUAAACUACAUACCCGCUAUUUUUCAGGGCUUGGAAGAAAAUAUUACCUUGUACCAUCUAAAAUAUCAAACGGAUUUGCCAUUGAUGGCUUUUUCCAGUCAGGUUAUGCCAGUUUUGGAUAAGUACAUUCUACUCACUGUUGGUUUAUGUUUUGACCCUUAUAGCACCCGAGGGAACUUACCCUAAUGGAGUCAGAGAUGUGUUUAGGCACAUGGUAAGACUCUAGAUUUGUUUUAUUUGAAACACUUGUUACAGUCACAACUUCUGAACGUUACAAUUCGUCUUAAAGUCUGAAGAUGCUUCACGUUGUCCACCUCAAGAGUUUCAUAUAUCUCCCAAGGCUCCGUUUCUUUUCUGGAUCAAAACUUACGCGUGUUCCUAUUUGUUAUUCUGCAGAUGCGCGAGGAGGGCGUGGGCGCCCUGUUUAGAGGAUUAACACCAGUUAUGCUUAGAGCUUUCCCGGCAAAUGCGGUAAGUUCGCUUUAAAUAUUGGAUAGAAGAGCCCUAUGGUAAGCUUAAAAACAAAGUUAUCACUUCUGUCCAAUAAAAUGAAAAGUAAAUAGUCCAUGUAACGAAGUGGAAGAAAAAUCAAAAGUCUGGGACACAAUAACUCGAGUACUCUCACAUCGUGAGAAGUGCGGGAAAACUUGCUGCUGCGGCUGCGACCGGGGGCGGCAAAGCGUCCUUCUAAUUGACUGAGAAGAUCACGUGUUUGAUUUGAUUGGCUGCACUUGAUCACAUGUUUGAUGUGAUUGGCUACAACUGAUCACAUGUCUGAUGUCACUGGAAGUAAAUCCACGAGGUUAUCACUUGAGAAACAGUUCAACAGUGCUUGAUCAGAUAGGAUGUGAUAAACUCUUCACAUGUCUCUUGUGAUUAGAAUACAUCCACGGGGUUUUUUCUUUAAACGGUUCAACAGUACGAUCGAGGAAUAAGCUCUUCAAAAACUCUUCUAUUAGAAUUCUGUUUUGCUUUAUUUUUGUCUUCUACAUCUACAUCUACAACUUUAACACUGGGGUUUUAUUUGUUUUAUAGGCCUGCUUCCUUGGUUUUGAAUUAGCCAUGAAAUUCUUUGACUGGCUUGCGCCAAACUGGUGAUAUGAUAGUGAACAGAAACGAGAAUUGAAAUGUCCUCACUGUCAACUCUAUUCUGUUAUACACACGAGCGUUCUCAACCUGAAGAUGGAAAUUAUUUUUUUGCUCCAGUUCACCUCAAGCAACUUUCUUAAUAUAUAAUAAGCGGGAACGGCUAAGGAAUCUUCCAGUAUUAUCUGACGAUAACUUCUAACAGACAUAUCUACAUGACAUUAGUAACUAUUAAUUCUCUGUAAAACUUGGUAUUUUUCUUUUGUGCACCAAUUUGCCAGUAACAUCGAGUGUUAUUUAUUCAUCGUUGUGCGGUUGUUUAGUUUCCGCUCAGAUUGAGUUCAAUGACGGGAAAGAAAAACGCUGUUCCGAGAAAUUUGGGCACAACGGUUCAUUUACUGUGCAUGUUAUAGGCAAAACUUACCACAACAGAAAUUUAGCUUACUAAGUAAGAAAGGACAAGGUACAAGUAGAACACUUUUAGGGGAUAGUUUAGAGCAAGACUUGUUCACUUGCUAAAUAAAAAUGAGUUAUAUGCAACUGGUUUAGAAUUUUGCUCGUUGCUUCCAAGCCACUUUGAGGUAUUCUGUGAUGUUGUGUCGGUUUUUCGUCAAGCUGCAUCAUAGAACUGUUAGGGACGCUGCCGCUUCAUUUAUUGACUGUUAGGUAGCUUCAACAACGACGACCACGACAGCAGCCAAAACAUCAUAAAAGCAACAGGUAUUAGGCAAAUAGCAACUUUACACGUGCUACACGCU